AUUCGGUCUGGAUUAAACGCGGAAGCGGACGUUCUCGGAACAAGACGUAGCUAACAAAGCUAGCUGCGAUAAGCUGCCGUCCGUAAACAAAAUAACUGAUUUACCCGACGGGGUUUCUCCGCGGACGAACCGACACUGUUGUAAACUGACUCGCUUUGAGAGGUUAGUGCUCAUGUAGGAGGACAGACUGCUGUCAUGUUGACCAGGCCGGUUGAAUUUGGAGGCUCUUCCUUCCCUCGGACUGAUGAUGUCGGUGGGACUCGCUAGUUUCGCCUGAGCUCCUCUCAGCACCGCUGCUGCUUCACAAGCUGCUGUUGUUGGACUCUCGGCUCGGGGAAUGACGAUGCACAGUGCCGGAGUGUCCCAGGAUGCUUCGCAGGGUACAGGGGAACGUGGGGAGCUGGUACACUCAUUAUCCAAAGAGACCUCUGGGUCUCCAGAUGCCUCUGAGUUGGGGAGCCCUCGGUGUAAUCCAAACUUUGACCUCCUCAACAUGGUCGAGUCUUACAAGAGAAUGGCUAUGUAUCUAGAACCAGUUGCAGAUGCAGUGGAACUGAGCCGCUUCCUGCUUGGAUGGAAGAUGCCCCUGUGCUCUCUGCUUGUCUGUAUAUUCCUUAAUGUCUUUUUCUGCACAGUUAAUGAAGUGGGUUGGUUCUCAGUGGGUGUGGUGGCAGUGACAGUGCCUGCUGCCUUGGGUUACCUGCAGGACAGGUGUGGGGGCACAGCCUCAGAAGCUGAGCUCCAGAGGAGGCGCUAUCACGCUGUGCACCGCAGAGACCUGCAGACAGUGCAUCUCACCAAACAGGAGGCCAUGCUGGAAGUAAAAGACCUGUUGAAGCACCUGGAUGACAUGCUGUCCUCUGCCUGUCAGUCAGCAGACGCUAUUUACAAAGUCCUUUACUGGGAUAGUCAUACCAGGUCAUCAAGGUUCUAUGGAGGGGUGUUAAUAGUGGUGUGUCUGCUCUAUGUGGCGCCUGUGGGCUGGGUGCUCGCUGGGCUCAACAGUGCCAUCUUCCUGUGGAACAGAGACUUCUGCAGAGUUUUAUUGGACCUAAGAAAGUUUUUCUGCAUGGGCCAGACCAAGACCUCUGAGGGGCUGUGUGAGGAACAGGAACAAGGCAACUUGCUGGACAGGACCCCUACACCAACUAGUCUGGAGGACCUGUCUCCUGGCAGUGUGGAGGAGGCUGAGGAAGCAGAACCUGAUGAUGAAUUUAAGGAUGCCAUUGAGGAACAUUCAAUUUCCCUGCAGGAAACCCCUUUGGUCUUAGUGGAGGAUGACGAUGGGCCUCUCGGAGCCCCGGAGUAUGACACCAUCUCUGAAAAUGGUCUCUUGAGCCGCAACGAACCAAUACGCAGCAAAGUGUCAAAACUGACAGAGAAACUGCGUAAACGCUACCCCACCACCAGCACAGGCAACUGUUCUAGUUGUAAUGCCGUCUUCUCAGUGCUGAAGAAAAGGAGGAACUGCAGUAACUGUGGCAACAGCUUCUGUUCUCGAUGCUGUUCUUUUAAGGUGCUGAGAUCUUGCAUGGGGGCAACAGCUCCAGAGGCCCAGAGAGAGACCGUGUUUGUUUGUGCUGCCUGUAAUUCUUCUCUCAUCAAGUUACAGUGAGAUGGCAAAUCGGUUUUGUCUCUCAGUGGCCAGCGGGAGGUCAUUAACUGUUCGCCCCCGAGCCCAUCACCUAGUUACUGAAGCCCUCACACAUGCCUUCAUUUUCAUGUUAAGGCACAUAAUAUCUGUCAAGAUACCUCCUGUGUUGAAUUCCAAGACCCCCCGUCUUUUCCAGUUACAUCCCUCCGUAGCUACUUGUGAUGAUUAUGGGACUUCUGCUGUAAUAUGUUACAUAUUUCCUGUUUCAACUCUCAAUGAAGAACUGGACCUUCUGAAUCAAUGAGACUUAAUACAGAGCAUAAUUGCUCUAAAAUCAAGGGACUGUGUUUUUCCCCUUUGCUGAGCAGAGGGAAGUAAAACGAAUGAAGGGUGGAGGCCAGGAUUGGGCUGGUGGUGUUGGGUAGUACAAAUAAUCAUAUUGGAUAUCAGUGGUUUUACUUUUAUGUGCUUUGCCUCGCCACAAAGUCAAGUCCACUUGAAUGUUCUUCAGCCCUGCAUUGCGGUUUAACUGUACUGUAAUGCUGAGAGGACUUUUCUGUACGAACAAGACCAAGCUGGCACUGGAUAAUUUUGACAUAUUUUUAGACUGGUGAUGAGCAUGAUGUUGUGAGCUGGGCAGUGUACUCCCAACUAAACUGAAUUUGGUUUGGAUGAACAAAACAAUGGAUGUAUGGGCAGAACAAGCUCUGCAUUUGGUCUUGGUUGCUGAAGGAUAUGCAGGCUGACCAUCUAAACUUUUUCACACCGACUCAUUUAUUGUCCUCCAGUACACUUUGACCUGUAACUGGUCAGUAAUGUCAUGUGAUGAGUCCUGGGUUUGUCCAACUUUUCAAGGCCAGUGAUUUUGGUUUACUUCAUGGUUUACUAAAUGCACUUGCUCCCACCGCAACACACACUACUCUACACUACUACCAUAGUUUGCACCUUAUUUACCGUAACUCAAGUCCAGAAGUGAACUGAUAAUUCUUCAACAUCAGACUGAAAAUGCACAGUCUUUUGACAAAUCCCAUCACAUUUCUGGCAAACUGCUGGCGAUGGUGUACUGGAGGGCUGUGAAUGUCAAACUAGCUUUUUUGUAGUGUACCAACAGCCUAAAAAACUACAUAUCCCUGCAGCCCAAGCUUUUCCAUAAACUGGAUCAAAGUCAAACCAACUGGAUUAAAUUCAUUUAAAUGGGCUGAGAAACCAACUGAAACUGUCAUCAGAGCCUCAUACUCUUGCAAGCGGGACUUCAAAGAAUUUAUGUGGAGGCAUUAUAGCCCAAAAGGUGGAUCUUGAUGGCAAAGUUGUUUUAAUCAUGAUUCAGACACAGAUGAUUGUAACUGUUUGCUUUGCUUUUAUUGUAAUCAUAUAUAAACUGUUACUGUAAAUUGUUCUAUUAUAUCUAAUAUAUUUAAUUUAAAACUCCA